AUGGCGUUGCUGUUCGAUCCGCAUUUUUCUCUGCUCCGAGAGGACCAGAGUGUGAAGCUGUUCAACGUGAUGCUCGUCAUCUCGCAAGCAUUCGGAGGUUUGGCUAUCCUUCUGGUGGCGAUCUGGAUGGGUGUUUAUGAAAAUGGUUUCUCAUGGAGCGAAGAUCCCGAACGUGAAUUCCAUUACCAUCCUACGUUCAUGGUUAUGGGACUGGUGUUCCUAUGUGGAGAAUCGAUGCUGGUGUAUCGUGUUUUCCGUAAUGAACGUAAAAAAUUCAGUAAAACUCUGCAUGUCUGCCUACAUUCCAUGGUACUGGUGUUCAUGAUCAUAGCUCUCAAAGCCGUAUGGGAUUCACACGAUCUUCACAAGGAUAAACUAGGGCAACUUGAUCCGUUACCGAAUAUGAUUUCACUUCAUUCAUGGAUCGGACUCAGCGUGGUGAUUUCCUUCUGCAUUCAGUAUCUCAUCGGCUUCGUGACAUUCUUCGCUCCUGGGCUCUCCAUUCCGAUGCGUCAGCUAGUAAUGCCAUUCCAUCAACUCUUCGGCAUGAUGAUCUUCGCAGCUGUAGCGAUCACACUGUCGGUAUGGGAAUCUCGGAACGUGCUCGCAUGGAAUCCACACAUGCUGGACGAAAGGACGUGA